AAGUCGGUCGAAUGGAAAGUUCUAGGCCAGUGCAGGUCGCCGGCGUCAUGCACCAUGGAGUAAACUCGACAUCCGAGGGCACUCGGCAAGCUUAUGCUAUAAACCAUGCAGGCGAGUCCAAGAAACUUCGAGCAGUCCGAUCGCCAGGCCUCAUUCGAUGGGCUGGAAACCUCCUUUCAUUCAAAGUGGCUCAAAGCCUACGAAAGGCAACAGCCUUGAUCAGAGGACGCAUCCAACUCAGCGCUUCUCGAGAGGUGAACCCAAAUUCGAAGCCGUUUAGCCAUCUGACGCAUGUUAUGAUGGAGCAAAGAGGAAGUAGUAUCGAUUUGCGAUACUUCUGCGUUCUUAAAGUUGCACCCAUCAGGAGACAGGUCAUCUGUGUCUUCCCAUUUCUGAUUUGGACCCUACACAUCAUGCAGUGGAGCCGUUCGGGGUCAACAGAGUUUAUUUUGAAGAUACCUAUAAACCUCAAUAACGCUCAAAUCGAAUUCAUCUUCCUCUUCACCACGCUGUCAUUCAACUUGACCAGUUGUUCAUCGAAGUACACUCCGAGUCGUGCCAUCGCGUCGAGCCCUCUUCUAAAAUGAUUGGCUACAUUGGACGAAAAUGCGAAACUCACUGGACUGAAGAGACU